CCAGUCUGUAGCCAUACUCUAGCUCAUCUACACAACGGCCCUGUCCUCGAGACCUCAAGAGUCACACUUCCAUGCCAUGGCGCACAUAGGGCCCAUGGUCACAGCACACGAAACGCCUGCACCCACCAACGCACCCAUAAUCGCGCCACCAACCAUGCAACCCGAGGCCGCCAUGACACGCAGCAUUGCGCAGACGCAACAUGCCCCCGACGCCGGCCUCGUAGCAGACAUCAAACCGGAUCACUACUGGGCAGAUGGCGCAAUUCCCGUCUUCAAACCAACAAUGCAACAAUUCAAGUCAUUCCCAGAUUUCAUCAAGAAAGUAGAUCGCUAUGGCAUGAAAGCUGGUAUCAUCAAAGUCAUACCACCAGCAGAGUGGCUUGCACAGCUUCCUGAUCUUGAUGACAAAGUUAAAGACAUCCGCGUCAAAUCCGCCAUCGAGCAACAAUUCGCCGGCACAGGCGGCGCUUUUCGACAGAUGAACCUCGAGAAGCAACGCUCCUACAACCUCCAGCAAUGGCGCAAGAUUUGCGACUCCCUCGAACAUCAGCCGCCUGCGAAACGCGGCAAAGUACGCGCAACAGGAGGUCUUCGGUCGACAACUGCGGCGGCCGUCGCAACAGAGAGAUUGGCGACACCGCCGUUGAGUACAGAUUCAGACUCGGAGCCUGAUGCGUCUGUUGAGAGACCGCGAUCAGCAACGAAGCAGCAGCAUAAAAAGGGCCCAUCGCCCGCGAAAAAGGAGAAGCGCAUUGUGAAUGAGGAGGAAGACUUUGACUAUCGCAUAGACGACAAUGAUCAGUACACCACUAAGCGAUGCGAAGAGCUGGAACGCGCAUACUGGAAAUCCCUUACCUUCAAUAACCCCAUGUACGGCGCUGACUUACCCGGCUCCUUGUUUGAUGACGGCACAAAAGACUGGAAUGUCGCACAUCUUGACAACAUCCUCAACCGUCUCGGCGUCGUCCUACCGGGUGUCAACUCUGCCUACCUCUAUCUCGGUAUGUGGAAAGCAACCUUUUCCUGGCAUGUCGAGGACAUGGAUCUAUACUCCAUCAAUUACAUCCACUUUGGAGCCCCUAAACAAUGGUACUCCAUCGCUCAGGAGGAUAAUCAAAAGUUUGAGCGCGUCAUGAAGGAGAUCUUCCCCAACGACGCACGUAACUGCUCCCAAUUCAUGCGACACAAGACAUUCGGUGCCUCUCCAGCACGUUUAGCACAACAUGGCUUGCAUGUCAAUAAACUCGUGCACUACGAAAAGGAGUUUGUCAUUACAUUCCCCUAUGGUUACCACUCUGGCUACAACAUGGGUUACAACUGUGCAGAAAGUGUCAAUUUCGCAACCGAUUCCUGGCUAGAUUUUGGUCGUGUUGCGCAAAAGUGUGAUUGUGUAGCCGACGCAGUGAGUAUCGACGUGCGCGACAUUAUUCGCCAGCUUGACGGGUAUAGUGAGUCGGACAUGUCGGAUUCAGAGGGAGACGAAUCGAUGCUGACACCACCGCGCUCUGUCGAUGGCUCAGCCAAGCGCAAGCCUUCGCGUAAACGCAAGCUUGGAGCAACGGCUCAGGCAUAUAAAAAGACGGGCGCCUUGUUUCAUGGCAAGCGAUUCAAGAUUAGUCUCCCAAAAUCUCCUUGCAGCUUGUGCCCAAAUAUAGCGUCGGAUGAGCCAUUGCUCAAGACGGACGACGGUCAUUCGGUGCAUCGCAUCUGCGCCGAACUCUUGCCAGAAACACAGAUUGAAGAACACCCUGAUGGCUCCACCACGGUGACAGGCUUCAACCUCAUCAACAAGGAUCGCUUCUCACUCAAGUGCUCAUAUUGCCGAGCGACGCAUGGCGCCUGUUUCCAGUGCUCUUCAGCCAAGUGUGUUCGCUCAUUCCACGGGACCUGUGCUUAUAUGGCGGGUGUCCUUGUUGAGAAAUUGCCUGCGACCAUUCAGCCAGAAGCGUUCACCUUCCAAUGCAAGUCGCAUCGACCCCGUCGACUCGCAGUGGAGCAAAUGGAAUUCGAUACAAACCUUGCGCAUUUCGUUGAGAAGCUGGCUGUUGGCGAAAUUGCGCAGUGUCAAUAUGCAGCAGGUCUGCCAUUCGCUGGGCGGGUGCUUGAGAAUCGCGCUGCUGAGCGGACUGUGCUCAUGCGCGUACUCGGUACAACAGACUUUGAGAUUGAGGUCGAUUAUCGCUGGGUUAUGACGAAACCCCGUAGAGUAGCCAUGCCUGCUCGACCCUCUGUCUCAUCGAUCCUGGGCACUGCCGCAGGUAUCUUGCCGCCUGCGUUUGCAGUGCCACAGCCGCAACCUCUUGCUCAGCCAGCAGCAAUAGUGCCUGAUUCAACGGCGCUUGGACCGAGUCCAACGGCACUAGCAGCCUAAUUCAAUACUUACAAGUUUAUGUACAAAUAGCGUAUCGGCGUAAUUAAAGCGAUUCAGGAUGUUCAAGAGUGCUUCCAUCUAUAAAC